AUCACUACUGCAUUACUUUUUAUGUUUAGUACUAUUAUUACGACAAUAUAGCACAAGCGAAGAGCAAACGAAGAGAGAGAGAGAGAGAGAGAGAGUAGUACUAGUGGUGGACGGUGGAGAUUUACUAACCGAUCGCAAGUGGACGGGGGCGAUGGGGCACCGCUGGUCGAUCAAGACGGCGGCGGCGGCGGGGGCGGGGGCGGUGUGGACGGCCGUGAUGCUCUGCUUCGCGGGCCCGACGAUCGUCGGAUUCGCCGCGGCCGCGGCGCCGCGCGUUCGCGCAGCGGUGGUGGCGUGGCUGGCGCCGCCCUACCUCUACCUCGUCGUCAACGCCAUCAUCCUCUCCAUCGCCGCCUCCUCCCGCUUCCGCGCCGCCCCCUCGGGAUCCGAUCCCGAUCCCGAUCCCGAUUCUGCGGCGGCGGAGAUCGCUGUAGCCGCGGUGGGCGAGGUGGCGGAGGUGGAGGAGGAGGUGGUAGUGGAGAGGCUCUUAUCACUACUGCAUUACUUUUUAUGUUUAGUACUAUUAUUACGACAAUAUAGCACAAGCGAAGAGCAAACGAAGAGAGAGAGAGAGAGAGAGAGAGUAGUACUAGUGGUGGACGGUGGAGAUUUACUAACCGAUCGCAAGUGGACGGGGGCGAUGGGGCACCGCUGGUCGAUCAAGACGGCGGCGGCGGCGGGGGCGGGGGCGGUGUGGACGGCCGUGAUGCUCUGCUUCGCGGGCCCGACGAUCGUCGGAUUCGCCGCGGCCGCGGCGCCGCGCGUUCGCGCAGCGGUGGUGGCGUGGCUGGCGCCGCCCUACCUCUACCUCGUCGUCAACGCCAUCAUCCUCUCCAUCGCCGCCUCCUCCCGCUUCCGCGCCGCCCCCUCGGGAUCCGAUCCCGAUCCCGAUCCCGAUUCUGCGGCGGCGGAGAUCGCUGUAGCCGCGGUGGGCGAGGUGGCGGAGGUGGAGGAGGAGGUGGUAGUGGAGAGGGAGAGGGAGAGGGAGAGGGAGAGGGAGAAGGUGGAGACGAGGGAGGAAAAGGAGGAGGAGAUGGUGAGGGAGAAGCCGCUCUUUUCUGUUAGACUCGGCCACCAAAACCGUAGGAGCUCGAAGAAGCCCGCCUCCAGUUCCGAAGCAGGGAAGGCGCUGCGGGUGGCGCGGCCGCGGCGGGUGGAGACGCUGGAGAGCACGUGGCGGACGAUCACGGAAGGUCGGGCGGUGCCGCUGGCGCGCCACCUCAGGAAAUCCGAUACGUGGGAGGUGCGCGGCGGCCGCAGCGGCAACGUCGACGAAUCUCCGCUGGAGCCGCCGCCGAUGCGGAAGGCGGAGACGUUCCACGAGAGAGGCGGAAGGGGAUCAGGAGAAGGCGCGGGGAGCGACGGAGGCGGAGGGAAGGUGAGGAGGGAGCCUUCGCUGGGGCAGGAGGAGCUCAACAGGAGGGUGGAGGCGUUCAUAAACAAGUUCAAUGAGGAUAUGAGGCUGCAGAGACAGGAGUCCUUGUUGCACUACAUGCAGAUGAUCAACCAAGGUAGCCAUUAAAUCAAAUAAUUAUAAUUCAUUAGUUAGUCGAUGCUCAAUUUGUUUAUUUUGUAAUUCGAAUCAUAAUUGGUUGUAGUAAAUAGUUAUUAGAGUAGUUAAUUAAUUUGCCGAAGCUAAAUGGUGGAGAAGAGAGGGAGGGCAAGAGCCAAGAGGAAUGUUUGUUUGUUUGUAAUUUUCUUUCCGUUAAUUAUUUGUUUGUUGGUUGGUUGGUUGGUUGGUUUUGAAUCCUACUUGUCCAAAUGAGUGUUGAUUUAUGGCACUCUAUAAAUUAUAGGUAAGUCCUCGUCACUGAUGUUACCAA